AUGGUCUUAUGGCUUUUCCUUUGGAUAGCCACUCUAGUAAGUAGUGAGACGUACUGUGAUACAAAUGAUCGUUCUAUAAUUCUUGAGAGUCAAUCGAGUUGUGCAUACACACAUGGAUGGAGUUUUGGGACGUAUGAUGCACAAAAGGCGAAGUAUACAGCUUUAAAUAUACCCGAGUAUGAUGUGUGCUUUGGUGACACACCAUGUGACAACUUUCUAUUCAGCGAUAGCGGAACCCAACAAUGCGUCGAAGAAAUCACUAUACAGAACCCGACGUGGGACGGCCAUAAAAUGCUUGUUAUAGCGCCAAAUUCAUCGUUGAAGAAAUUGACGAUCAACCAGAAGGCAGCAUCGAAGUGGUAUAUACACUCAUUAAGUACCCAAAAUGUGACUGUUGUAUUCAACACGUGUUCUGGAUGUAAUCCACAAGCAGUUGUGUUGUGUUCUGAUAACACACUGAUCUACCAAAGUGCAAGCACCUCUGGUAUAGUCGACUUAAAGUUCAAAUCGUUUCCUCCAAAUAUGUUGAUAGUUGGUGGUGGGACUCGAGUCUCCUAUUCACAAUACAAUUCAAAAGCCGUUCAACAACUUCCACUUUUUGUUGGUAAGAAAGGGAUACAAUUGGGGAGUUUUUGUGACAAUUGUAAGGAACCAAAAUCUGUGUGUACUAUGGGGGAUUUCAAAAGGUAUUCAGAAACGAGUCAAACAACAUCAAACUGUCAGUGCACUCUUACUGAUAAUAAUAAAUACAAUGUGGCUGAUUGCCUGAUGUUUUCAAGUUACUUUGCACUCACUGUUAAUAUUGACAAUAUGAAAGUCAACGGGUUUUGGAAUAGUCUUAAAAUCGGUUCGAAUGUGAAUACAAUACAAUCACUUGGAAAUUUUGGAGUGAAGAAUUGGAUCACAAUGGACAUCACUAUAACAGGUAAUUUCAAUGCAAAUCAAUUGACAUGUUCUGCACAAACUCACUUUGAUAAUUUAACAGUUGAAACUAUUGAAGGAAUUGUGAACAACAAAAUUUUGUUCUUCACGAAGAGUGCAAAUGCACUUCCAGACACCGUCAAAUUAUUAAAAUGUUCGAAUGAUGGAUAUAAUAGAGUCGUUGGACUUGAAUAUGGCAACUUGUGCCAAUGCACUCCAAAGAGUUAUCCCGAUAUGAUACCAUUUGUCGAAUCUGACUGUAAUGAUCUCGAAAACAAAGACUUGGUGUUGACCAAUAAUGUGAAUAUAAAUGAAAAUAUUAAAGUGAAUGGAAUAUACUUUAAUAACAGUCUCAACAUUUCUAUCACAUCUGAAUUUGUGUUAGAAGCAAACACUUUCAAUUGUGACCAACGAAUCUUUGUAUUUGGAAAAACAAAGAUCACCACAUUAAACAUCAAACAAGGCUGUGAAUUGAUUCUCGACGCUAUACCAGAAUUGAAAAAUGUCGAAGUCACUUCUACAGAGCAAGUUGUGUUCAUUGGACCUUAUUCUGACAACCUUCCAGAUGGCAUAGAAAUAGGGUGCGAUGUUAAUAAAAAUGAAGUGAGGUAUGUUGUUAAAGGAAGUAUUGUAGGAUGUUAUUGCACAAUAAAAGAAGGAAGUGUAGAUGAUUCUCAAUUGAAUCAAUGGGAUUGUACUGACUUGAGUUCAUCAAAAACGUUAUUAGUGACGACUUCACAGUCAAUGACAAUUAACAAAAGGUGGAGAAAUGUAAUUUGCAGAGAGACGUGUUUCUUAACAUUCACAACAAUCGUCGAAGAUCAAGUCGUUGUUUUACAAGACGCGGAACUAAGUAAUGGCGAAUUUAACAUUCUUAAUGUAACUCAAAACAACAGUCAUAUCAAAACAAAUGAAUGUGUUAUUAAUGAAUUGGUUGCAGAACAUGGAUUCUUCUACACAUCAACCGGUCAAACGAUACCAUCAAAUACUUUUGCUCUUUGUGAUAUUUCACCUUACAGAGUCUCUAAUGACAAAUUGAAUAUUACGUGCAAUUGUCAUGUUAUUGGUGACUCUUUUGAUCUUUGGGAUUGUAACGAUUAUUCACAGUAUCGAACAUUAAUUGUAGAUAGUGAUAUAUCCAAUCAACACUCUUGGAAUAUUUUAAAAACAACUACUGGUGUUACUAUUAAUUCAAGUGGGUGUGAGAUUCAACAACUGGAAGUUACUUCGGAUUUACGUUUUAAUGGCAAAGAUAGCGAAACAAUUGUUAUCAACAAAAUUGUUUUUCCAGAAGUUAUUCCUCAAAUUUACUUUAUUGGAAAUAUCACUGUAUAUAAUGCGGAUAUAAAUGAAAUACCACAAGAUCAAAUACUCUUUUUAUCCACUAACAAACAAGAAUACACAAUUUUUAUAUCUUCUUGUUUUGUGGAUGGGUUCUAUAGAAAUAGUAUGACGAAUAUUGGAUGUAAUUGUUAUUUAAAUGAAAACGGGUUUGAACAAUGGGACUGUGUCACAAGAUCAAGUGUUUUAACAUUAGUUCUAACUCAAGAUAUAGUGUAUACCAAUACUGUUACAAUAUGGAAUGCACUCUUAACAACCCAACAAGUUAAGCUUAUAACACCAAAAAAACUUGUGUUUCAACUGUUUAAAGCGGAGUAUGGAAUUGAAGUUGAUGGCGAAUUAUCGAUCAUGAGUGUCGUUAUUCAAACACCAGACUUGAUUUUAUUUGACGUUGUAUCAAUUGAUAGUGUUACACCAUUCGGACCGAAUAGUGAUGUUCUCUUUGUGGCAAAGAAUUUUUCUGGGAGUGCAAAGGUGUUAAAGACAUGUGAAGGGGAGUAUAGCCGAUUCAGUCCAAUUGACAACAAAAUAGGAUGUUAUUGUACAAGUGAAUAUAAUAAUGAUUCAUUUUCGCAAAAUGAUUGUGACACAUUCUCUACUGAACGAAUUCUUAAAAUAACGUCCAACGAUUUUCAAUUGAGCCAAAUAAGAAGUUUUAAACAAUUGGAAGUGACGAACUCACAAACAACUGUUGUUAAUGGAGCGGAUUUGUAUAUAGAAGAAUACACACACGUGUACCCCGUCAUAUUUAAAAAUGUCAUCAAGAUGGGUAUUCUUCACUUCGAAAAAUUGAAUGGAAAAACGGCAUUUCUUCAAUUUUACAAUCCUAUUAAUAUAACAACAAUUAAUACAACAAAUGUUGAUCAAAGUGAUUUACUUUUUGUUGGUCCAAAAGAAUUUGACAUGAAACGUGUUAAGUCAAGUUCUAUUGAAGUUGUUUGUGACGAUGGAAAUACCUCGAGGUAUGGGGUAGUUAACUCACAGAUUGGGUGCUUAUGUUCUGCUCAUACUAUUGGUGAAGAAGCAGAUUACGACGUUUCGGAUUGUGCAUUUUUCGACACGACAAAAAAUCGCGACUUUGUCGUGAAUGGGAUCGUUUCUAUUACAAAGGAAACGCAUUGGAGAGAUAUGUAUAUCCAAAGCACAGAAAGUGCAGUGAAUGGAAAUUCUCAAAUUUCAUUUGUCACUUGUAAUUUCUCUGACAUAACAAUUGACAUCAGAGUGGCACAAUUUGAAUGUUCUUAUGGCGUGUUAUUUCACAACUCUCAAAUAACACUCAGUGGUAUUUUAACGGUAGACAAAAUGAGUUUUCAAGGAAGUGGUAAUUUGGACAAGAACGUGCUUAUAGAAGUGUUGAAUGGUGGAGUGAACAUGAGUGAUUUCAUAGCGGAGAAUUUGGACGAUUGUGUUGAUUUAUUGGGAAGCAACAGUUCAAUAAAUUCUACUAUUCAAACCACUUCAAAUUAUGAAGUGUUGAAUAUUAACAACAAACAAUUAGUCAGAGUGUGUCAAAUGAAUAACAGUGUCACAACAGCGACUUGUGUAGUUUCUUCUGAGAAAUUAAGUGAAGCACGUUAUGAAAUGGUUUACUGUCCCUGUGUUGACAUUGAUUGUUUCUAUCAAGUUGGUAAAAAGAUUGAUUUGGAGUGUACACCAAUACAAAUGAAAACCAAAGAACCAGAAAUUGAAGUUUUGGAAGUUGGAGAAGUGACGUUUGGAGGAAGUAGUGGAAUUAUUGUUGACUCUGUUUGUAGUCAAAACAUUUUGAAAUUUGACAAAUUAAAAUUUCUUAAAACAUAUACCUUGUUGAAUGCACUAAAUCUUGAUGGAAAUUAUAUCGAACUUCUUUCAUUGCAGUCUGACAUCAAAAUCACUUCGGAUAUGACAAUCAACACAACAGAAUACAAUUCAAAACCAAUUACAAUUAGUUCAUUUGUUAAUGAAAUUACUUUUAAUUGGAUCACAUCACAUGACAAUUACACAGAAAGUGUUUUAAAGACCGAAGAGAGUGUCACCCCAUUAACAAUACAGUUUGGUGAAGAAAUAGAUCAUACAACAUAUCCAACGUUGUUUGUUAGAAAUGUAGGAAGACAAAUAAUUUCAACGCAUUCAUUUACAUGUGGAAAUCAAGCAAUAAUUCUUGGUCAAAAUGAUACAAAUGAUGUUUGUGAAUACUUUGGACUAUCACACCAGAAGUGUGUUGCUGUCAACAACGAAGUUUAUAACACUGAAAAUGGACAACGAGACUUUUCAUGUCCAUGUUUAGUUGAAAACUUUGAUUGUGUCAUUAAAAUCACAGAAGACUACGUUUCAACCACUUUUGACAUGUGCAACACAACUCCAUCACGAGUAGAAAUAUGGAAAGGCUUGAUAGUCAACGGGUUGAAGAACAAAGUAGUCGCCUUGGAUAUCAAACAGGGUGAUACCACCUUUUAUCUAGUUGAUUCAAUGGUCUAUCUUUCAUUCAACAACAAUUCACUAAUAAUGUUUUCUGCUAUGAAUUCAUUACUUGUCUCAACCACUCCUCUCAUAUUCACACGAAUGGCAACAAACUCUAUACAACGAAAAUACACUCAAAAUGAGACUUGGUUUUCUGUUCAACAAGGAGGAUCUUGUGAAUAUGCCUCAGUGAGUACGUCUGUUGAAUGUCUCAUGUGUGCACGUAAGUAUUACUUAAAAGAAGGAAAUUGUUACGAAAGUCAAAAAAUGCCAAAUUGCCUGUCUACUGUUAAUUCAGAGUGUUAUAAUUGUGAAAAUGGCUUCUAUUUAGUAAAUGAGAGCUGCCUCAAAUGUAUUGAAAUAUUUCCAGAUUGUCAAAGCUGCAACCAAUAUGAGUGUUUGGCAUGUCAAAACAACACUUGGUUGAAUGAAAACAACACAUGUGUUGAUGACACCUCAUUUGCAAAUUGUGAAGUUCAGGGUGGUGUUUGUCAAAAGUGCAAUGACGCGUUUUGGUUCGACUUUACAACACAAAAAUGUGAGGAAUGUAGCAGUGGGUGCGCCAAAUGUACAAAUUUGACUGUUUGUGAAUCGUGUUCUAUAGGUUAUCAAAAGGAUGAAAACUUGUGUAUUCUGUCACCAAAUUCAUCAGAAGUAGUAUGGUGUAAUGUCAUAUCAUGUGAAUAUGGGUUUUAUGUGGUUAACUCAACAUCAAAUGAUACAGAGAGUGCGUUUUUAUCAUCAGAAGGUCCAAACUCUAUAUGUGGGCAGACUCAUUGUGUUUCUUGUGCGCAUUUAACACCAAAUUGUAAAUAUUGCGACACCGCAUCGUGCUAUUUAUGUGAAGAAGACUUCGUUUUACAAGACUCUCAAUGUGUCAAUAAAAGUGUUACACACUGCAAAGAUAUUCAAAUCGAAGAAAACACAACAACAAUUGAAAACUCCAAAUGCAAAGAGUGUGACAACUAUUAUUAUCUCAAUGAUUUGGGCCAAUGUACUCAAUGUGCAAAAGGGUGUUUGGUGUGUCAAAAUAGCACAGUGUGUGAUCGUUGUGAUAGUAAACAUAUUAAAAGUGGUAACAAGUGUGAGAAAUAUAACAACACGACGCUCAUAAAUAUCAACUGUAAAGAGGUGAAAAUAGGAAUGUGUACACAAUGUGUUGAUGAUUACUAUUUUCUUCCAAAUAGUAAUACAUGCAGCAAAUGUGAAACUCCGAAUUGUGCUAUGUGUGUUAAUAACACUUGUUAUAAUUGUGAGACUGGUUAUUUCAUUAACGACUUCAAUGAAUGCAUUUCAUCAAACAACUCCAAUUGUAAAAUUCCGUUUUUGAAUGAUAUUGGGUGUGUUGAAUGUGACGAUGGCUUCUAUCAAAAGGAGAUCAAAUGUUAUAAUUGUUCUGAGCAAUAUCCAAAUUGUCUGAGUUGUGUUGAAAACAAUUGUCUGCAAUGUGGAGACGACUAUUUUGUGAAUGAAGGAGGUCGAUGCGAGAGUGUUGAUGCCUUAUUACAUUGUGUUACAAUCGACUAUUAUCAUGGAUGUAGUGAAUGUGAGAAUGGAUACACUUUAUCCAGAUAUAAGUGUGUACCGUGUGCUUCGCAUUGUAACUUAUGUAGUCAAAUAGACUGUCAGUUAUGCGAGGAAAACUAUGUCAAGAUGAAUAACAACACGUGUAUAUAUUACCAAUCCAUUCCACAUUGUGAAGAGAGUAAUGGCGUUAUCUGUGUUUCAUGUUCAACAUUAUACAAAUCAGCAGAUACAUCAUGUCGACUGAACGUUGUCUCCAUAUUCUUUUUAAGUGUUUUUUGCAUUAUCCUUCUUCUAGCUCUACUCAUUGGAAGUGCUGUACUUAUAUCAUAUAACGUUAUUAAGAAGAAGAAACCAAUUGGAAGUGGGUAUGUCAAUAUAGACAGUGGUAUCACCACUUUUCCAAUGAAAUACAGUACAAUCAAAUUUAUAAAUCUGAACCCAUCCUCCUCAGUGUUAUUUGACAAACGCAGUCUCUUGUUUGAAGGUGGGCUUGAGAACAUUGGAGUAAACGUAGAGUCACGAACGCUUUUCUGUAUAGCGAACCCUUCACGUAAAAAGGUCUUUGUGACGAUCACUUGUAUUGAGACGAAAUACCCCAAAUUUCAAAUGCGGUUUGAACCAAGCACGGUCUGCAUUCCGGAGCACCAAGCGUGUGAAAUUGAAGUCUUUGUGAAACCGUUGUGCUCUUCACAUGUCAGUGAUUAUGUAGUAGUCUUGUCCCAAGAGCUUCAAAAGAAAGAGUCCACCACAGAUGUGAUUCCAUUCAAUUACACCACAAAGUUAUCGACUCGAAUCGAUCCAGAUGAGUUACUUUGUCUUCGAAAAAUAGGAGAAGGAGGGUUUGGUGUUGUGUAUUAUGGUUCAUUCCAUGGCAACGAAGUUGCAAUUAAGAAAAUGAAGCAGAUGGAAGGUGUUGGGAAUAGCCAAUGUGAAAUUGAUGAAUUUGAAGCCGAGGUUUCCAUGCUCGACAAGUUUAGAAGUGAGAAUAUCGUCUUUUUCUAUGGUGCAGUUUUUAUUCCAGAUAAGAUCUGUAUGGUAACUGAAUAUGCCAAAUAUGGGAGUCUCAGAAACUUAAUGAAGAGCAAGAGUGAGAUAGUCUUCGACUUGAAAUUGAAGAUCUUAAAAGACUCCACAAAAGGUAUUCAAUAUUUACACCGAAAUGGAAUAGUCCACAGAGACAUCAAACCUGACAAUAUCUUAAUCUUUUCAUUGGACUCUAAUGUCGUUGUUAACGCUAAACUGACUGAUUUUGGAUCAUCAAGAAAUAUCAAUAUGCUGAAGGCCAAUAUGACAUUCACUAACUCAAAGGGAUCUCCAGCUUAUAUGGCUCCUGAAGUACUCAACCAAGAACGGUAUGGAAGUCCGGUCGACAUCUUUGCGUUUGGAAUAGUCAUGUAUGAGGUGUGGACUUGGAAAACGGCAUAUGCAAAUGACGACUUUAAAUACCUGUGGAAAAUUGCAGACUUUAUAUGUGAUGGGAAACGAUUAAUGAAACCAAGUACUAUGCCUGAGUGGUAUUAUAUUAUCGUUAACAAGUGUUGGCAAACCAAUCCACUUGAUCGAAUGAGUAUCGAAGAGGUGAUAGAAAUGCUAGACUUCGGGAUGAAUGCGUUCUUGUAA